AUGGAAGCACUCAAUGACCCACUAAAUGAUAGACAAGUUAAGACUAUAAAACCCCCUCCUCACAGACCACUUAACUCGAAUACCAUGUACCCUGAUCCUUGUAAACACUAAUAUUUAUUCAAACCUCAAAAAUAGCUAGACCAACAGUUCCAGAUCUUUAAGUAAUAAGAUAGCAUCUUCUGGCAGAGGGGACUAUAUCAAAAGAGUGAACCUAAUGUUUUGAAAUUACAAGAACCAGUUAUUAUUGUUGGUGAUAUUCAUGGACAGUACUAUGACUUAAUUCACAUGUUUGAAAAAGUUUUAAAUUACCCAAAGGAUAUUGUAUUAUUAAGAGGAAAUCACGAGAGUAGAGCUAUGACUGAACACUUCACUUUCAGAAAUGAGUGUCUUAAUAAAUACAAAGAGGAGUAGAUAUAUGAAUUGUUCUUGGAAUGCUUUGAAGCAUUGCCAUUAGCAGCUGUAGUAAAUAAUGAUUAUUUGUGUAUGCAUGGAGGAGUCUCGCCAUAAUUGGCUGAUGCUGAUGAAAUUAAUAAGAUUAAUAGAUUUGUCGAGCCACCUCUCUCUGGUCUACUCUGUGAUCUCCUUUGGUCUGACCCAGUAGACGACUCUUAAGCAAUGAAAGUAAAUUUCAGUGAAAAUAAGGAAAGAGAGUGCUCAGUGAAAUUCGGAUUAAAACCGGUGAAAGCAUUACUGAAGAAGAAUAAUUUUCUAUCCAUCAUCAGGGCUCAUUAGGUCUAAUUAGAAGGUUAUAAAAUGCAUAGAUGGGGUGGAGCUCAAGCUUUUCCCUCUGUAAUUACUGUAUUUAGCGCUCCAAAUUAUUGCGGAACCUACAGUAAUAAAGGAGCAGUUAUCUUAAUUGAAAACGAUAAAAUGAAUAUAAAGUAAUAUAAGGAUGUGGACCAUCCAUUCCAUCUCCCGGGAGAUAUUGACUUAUUUUCAUGGUCAAUUCCUUUCUUGGCAGAAAAAGUUACAGAAAUGCUUUUUGCCAUAGUUGGUUAAAAUAAUGCGUACUCACCUUUGUCUGCGAAAGAAUUAGAGAACAUAGACUUCUCGAAAUUGAUGAAAGAUUACGGAAAGGAAGAAAAGAAAGAGAGAAAUGAAAUUCUGAGAACUAAAGUUAUGACAGUAGCAAGAUUGUAGAGACUGUUCAAAAAUCUAAGAGCAAAUAGUGAAAUGCUUAUCUAAAUAAAGAAAAAUUCCUCGGAUGGUAAGAUUCCCAGAGGACUAUUGCUUAGUGGCAGCCCUGCUAUUAGGAACGCUUUCUCAGAAUUCGAGGUCUCCAGAUAGUUAGAUAGAGAAAAUGAGAAGUACCCAAGAACCUCCGUAAAAUCUUAGCCAGGAGCACGCUUCAGAAUGCCAUAAUGA